CCCCGUGUGCAGCGCCGGGCACCUGCGAGCAGCGGGGGCAGAGCUGGGACCGGGACCCUGAGAGAGACCAAAAGCUCCCCGGAGGGGAGAGACGGGGAGCAAGGGGACGCUGAGCCGGGAUCCUGGGAGUAGGAGACCUGGGACAGGGGGCAAGGUUCGGGACCCCCAGGAUCGGAACCAGGGAAGAGGGGUCGGGCUUCCCCCCCAGGGAGCAGGUGCGGCCGCGUCACCUGCGGGUCUCGCUGAGGCCGGUGCUGAGGCCGGUGCCGGGGCCAGGCCGGUCCCUGCCCCCGCCAGGCUCCACCCCGGGCGGUGCGGGAUAAAACUUGGGGCACCUCCCCAGCAGCUUCGCGUCAGGGCUGCGCUCGGACCGGCUUCAGUGCUCGGGCGGGGGCACCGCGCAACACCACGACCCCCCAACGCUCCCCCCCCUGCCUGGAAGAUCCUGGGGGUCUCUCUUAUUCUUUCUUACCGCCGGACGUAACUGAGCUCCUGCCGCGCCGGGGAACCGCGAGGCCGCGCUCCGGGCUCGGUCGGCGGAUGGACCCGCAGCCCGGUGCCAGGAGCUGCAGCCGCGGGGCUCCCGCCUGCGAGGUGGUCCCGAACGAGCCCCCCAUGAACCUCUACAUCAACACCACCACCGGGACCCGCUAUGAGCUCUCCGUGCCCGCCGAGGAGACGGUGGAGGGGCUGAAGAGACGGUUGUCCCAGCGGCUCAAGGUGCCCAAGGAGCGGCUGGCGCUGCUGCACAAAGAGAGUCGACUCAGUUCUGGGAAACUGCAGGACCUGGGGGUCAUGGAAGGAAGCAAGCUGACACUGGUGCCCACCGUGGAGGCUGGCUUGAUGUCCCAGGCAUCCAGGCCAGAACAGUCGGUGAUGCAAGCUCUGGAAAGCUUAACUGAAACUCAGGUCAACGACUUCUUGUCGGGCCGGUCCCCGCUGACCCUGGCGCUGCGUGUGGGUGACCACAUGAUGUUCGUGCAGCUGCAGCUGGCGGCUCAGCAGAGCAGUGGGCAGCUGCAGCACCGGCACGUCAUCGCCAGCCGUGGAGAGCCGGGAGCCGCCGCCCCACCCCCGCACUGCCGGACGCUGCACGGCGGCACCGGCACCGGCUUCACCCGCAUCCCCGUGGUGCCCACGUGCCAGCAGAGCCCAGCUCCCAGCCCUGCGCCCGCCACGCCGGCACCCCCCGUGUACUGUAACGCCCCCCACCCCGCUCCCGUCACCAUGUUCCGCUCGCACGGGGCCAGCGCCCAGACGGUGAACAGCAGCGUGGUCUCCUCCUGCUCAGAGGUGGACUGUGGCCCCCGCAGCAGCGGCUCCCCGGGCGGCAGCCCCACUCCCACGGCCCGAUCCCGCAAACCGGGGGCGGUCAUCGAGAGCUUCGUCAACCACGCGCCUGGGGUCUUCUCAGGGACUUUCUCCGGCACUUUGCACCCCAACUGCCAGGACAGCAGCGGGCGGCCGCGGCGGGACAUCGGCACCAUCCUGCAGAUCCUGAACGACCUCCUCAGCGCCACGCGACACUACCAGGGCAUGCAGUCCCUGACGCAGCUCCGCUGCCAGACGCAGUUCUCCUCCUCUUCCUCCUCCUCCUCCUCUUCCUCCUCACCACCCGCCUCCCCGGACCUCACCACCAAAACUACCUCAGAGCCGCUGGCAGCGGCCGCAGCCUCCGCGCCCCUGCACCCCGUCGUCCAGUGCCAAAGCCAGAUCCGGAUGUGCAAGCCCAGUGGGGAUCGCUUGCGGCAGACGGAGAACCGGGCGACGCGCUGCAAGGUCGAACGGCUGCAGCUGCUGAUGCAGCAGAAGCGGCUGCGCAGGAAGGCUCGCCGGGACGCCCGAGCCCCCUACCACUGGCUCCCCAACCGCAAGUCCAGCCGCACCAACAGCAACAGCAGCGUCUCCAGCGAGGGCAGCCUGGACCUGGACUUCGAGGACUCGGUGUGGAAACCCGAAGUCAAGGCGGACAUGAAAUCCGAGUUUGUUGUAGCAUAAAACGAAAGAGCUGUGCCCCGAGGGGCUGAGGGAGGAGGGGAGGAGGGGGUUGUGUGUGGACUCUGCCCAGGGGGUUGGGAAGGGGGAUUAGGGGGGAGGGGAAGGGACCACCCCCUGCUCCCACCUCCCCCCCAGGAUGGCUGGUGGUGUCAUUUCUGUUGUCAUGGGCCAGAUCUCCUCUAGAUUUGCCAUCUCCUGCGACCGGAUGCCUCGGGACUUGACCCUGCCUGUGCCAGGACUUGACCCUGCCUCUGCCAGGACUUGACCCUGCCUGUGCCAGGACUUGACCCUGCCUGUGCCAGGGGAAGCGUUUCACAGGGAGGGGAUUGGGGGCAACCAGGCAGCCUUCACCCCCUACCCCUCACCCCCCCCAUCCACAGCCCAGCUCGGUUAGCUAUGAGAAGGGGGGAGCAGGCAGGAGCCACCAGCCCCCCUCCUGCAUCCUCCCCAGCUGGCAGUGGAAGGGGGAAAGGGUCCUGGCACUCGGGGGAGGCUCCCUGGGGGAUAUCAAAGCUGCUGCUUUGCUGUGAAGAGAGGGGCUCAGCAGGGUGGGCUUUAGCCCCUCCCCAGCAUCAUCUUCCCCUCCCCCUCCCACCCCUGGUGCAGGCAGGAGGAGAUGAAAAGUCUCUUUUGGAGGUGCUGGGGCCCCCCUGGCUUUGGGGGCCGUUUGUUUUCCUUCCCUUCUAUAUGUAGCAUUGCUCGGCUGCGGGGCUGGGACCCCCCCUCCAGCUUGUGGUGUGUGGUGGGGGACACACACACACACCCACCCGUGUGCCUGGGCACCACCAGCCCUGCUGCCGCAGCUGGGGUAGGGGA